AAAAAAAAAACAUAAAUAAAUAAAGAAAGGAAAAGAAAAAGAGAGUGGAAGGAAUCAGUUCAGAUAAGCGUGAUGAUAUUCCAUUCCAUUGAUCUUCUCUUCUUCCUAAAUGUGGCUUUGACUCGUUUUCCUAUUCAUCUUCCUCAUGGUACCUUCCGCUUUUUCAGUUACCUUUGCUACUAAUUUACUAGCAUUUAUUAUACAACCUAUAAAUAAUUUUUUUUUAAAGAAAUGUAACAGAACGGAGUUGUAUUAAUUAUGUUCUUCACAAGAAACACCAAAGCAUAUGAAUCAAUAUUUGUAAACAGUAGUAAAGUUUGAUCAAUCCCCAUGUGUCACAAUUCCACGUUAAUACACCACCUAUGAGAGAGAUCCCACUCAGACUGAUACAACCAAACACUAAAACCCACGAUGAUGGAUAUGUCGAGUCACUCUCCACUUGAGCAUUUAUUGCUGAUUAGUUUUGUUUGUUUUGCAAUAAGGGCUUUUUAUGAGUUUAUCUUUUCUUCUUUUAUUUUGAGGUAGCAGUAGCAAUUGCGCUUGUUCUGUCACUUGUGUGGACCAAACCUCACUCAAAUCAGAGGGUUUUGGAGUUUUGUGGGUCAAGGACCGUGUAUGAUUUUGCAGUAAACCUCCUUCUUCUUCUUCUAUAUUCAGUCAUUUACACUUGUCCCUUUCUUUUGGUUUUUAGCUAUCCGCACACGAAUACACCAUCAUAAUAUAUUUAUUGUUGUAGGAGUUAUUGAACUGCACAAGUUCUCUCUCAAUUUCCUUACCAACUUUCCUCGUAACAGUUGUUUUUAAAAAAACUUGUGGCAUUUCGCACCUGCUCUGUAAAUUCUCCAUUUCUCAAUUUUCUGGGCUUUGUCCAAGUCAAAUUCCUGGUCCCCCUUUAUUAUUUUUUUCUCUCAAGGAUUUCUUGGAGUGUCUUCCAGUGCUUUGGUUUUUCUGUCCAGCAGGGACAUUCUCUUAUUCAUCUCUACUGGUUCAAGCAAUGAGAUUAUUGUGGUGAUUCUGAAACAACUGACAUGGAUAUUGAAGCUCGUCAAAAUCCCAUCAAGAGGGAAUCAUGGAAGACGGUCUUGACUUUAGCUUAUCAGAGCCUGGGUGUGGUGUAUGGAGAUUUAAGUACUUCACCACUGUAUGUGUACAAGAGCACAUUUGCAGAAGACAUUAAACAUUCAGAAUCCAACGAGGAGAUUUAUGGAGUUCUAUCUUUUGUAUUUUGGACAUUAACCCUCAUUCCACUGCUUAAGUAUGUAUUUGUAGUCCUCAGAGCGGACGAUAAUGGUGAAGGCGGAACUUUUGCUCUGUAUUCUCUGCUUUGCCGCCAUGCCAGAGUGAGCACUUUGCCCAAUGGUCAGGUUGCUGACGAGGAAUUAUACGAGUAUAAAAAAGAUGAGAUUGUGUCCACUGAUAAAGGUCCUGGGUUCAGCUUGAAGACUACAUUAGAGAAACACAAGCUUUUGCAGAAGAUAUUGCUUAUCUUGGCCUUGAUUGGUACUGGAAUGGUCAUUGGAGAUGGAGUUCUUACACCGGCACUUUCAGUUUUUUCUGCCGUUUCUGGACUGGAGCUUUCCAUGGCCAAAACGCAUCAUCAGUACGUUCAAGUUCCAGUUGCUUGCAUCAUAUUGCUUACGCUAUUCUUUCUCCAACACUACGGGACCCAUCGGAUAGGCUUCCUCUUCGCACCAAUUGUUAUCACAUGGCUUUUAUGCAUCAGUGCCAUUGGACUGUACAACAUUUUCCACUGGAAUCCCCAUGUUUAUCAUGCAAUCUCUCCUUAUUACAUGUAUAAAUUCUUGAAAAAGACCCGACGAGGAGGUUGGAUGUCCUUGGGAGGGAUUUUGCUAUGCAUGACAGGUUCAGAGGCAAUGUAUGCUGAUCUUGGCCACUUUUCUCAAUUGUCUAUCAAGAUAGCUUUCACUUUCAUGGUCUACCCUGCACUGAUUCUGGCAUAUAUGGGGCAAGCUGCUUACCUCUCCAAGCAUCACAUGAUUCACAGUGAUCACCAAAUCGGAUUUUAUGUGUCUGUACCUGAAAAGAUAAGAUGGCCUGUCCUUGCGAUUGCGAUUCUUGCUGCUGUAGUGGGAAGCCAGGCGGUCAUUACAGGGUCAUUUUCUAUAAUCAAACAAUGUUCUGCAUUGGGUUUCUUUCCAAGGGUCAAAAUCGUACACACAUCAUCUAAAGUACACGGGCAGAUUUACAUACCUGAAAUCAACUGGAUUUUGAUGCUGCUGUGUCUGGCUGUAACUAUUGGAUUUAGAGACACUAAACACAUAAGCAAUGCGUCAGGUCUAGCAGUUAUCACUGUGAUGCUGGUGACCACCUGCCUAAUGUCUCUUGUAAUUGUUCUUUGCUGGAGGAGAAGUAUCUUGCUAGCUUUCUGUUUUACGUUGUUCUUUGGUUCCAUUGAAGCGCUUUACUUUUCAGCUUCUCUCAUCAAGUUCCUUGAUGGUGCCUGGGUUCCAAUAGCUCUCUCAUUUAUCUUUUUCAUGGUCAUGUAUGUAUGGCAAUACGGGAUGAAGAGAAAAUAUGAGUUUGACGUUGAAAACAAAGUUUCCAUCCCCUGGCUUCUUGGCCUUGGUUCUAACCUUGGAAUUGUCCGUGUUCGAGGCAUAGGUCUCAUACAUACCGAGCUUGUAUCAGGAGUUCCUGCAGUUUUCUCUCAUUUUGUCACAAACCUUCCCGCUUUUCACCAAGUGGUUGUCUUCUUCUGCAUAAAGUCUGUGCCCGUACCUCAUGUAAGACCUGGAGAAAGAUUUCUGGUGGGGAGAGUUGGACCGAAAGAAUACAGACUCUAUCGGUGUAUAGCGCGUUAUGGUUAUCGCGAUGUUCAGAUGGACGAUGUGGAGUUUGAAAAGGAUCUUGUAUGUGCACUAGCUGAAUUCAUCCGUUCAGAAGGACUGGAGAACAAUUCUAAAUUUGAAGAUUUCGAAGAUGAUGACAGGAUGACAGUAAUAGGGACAUCAUCUAGCUGCAGCAAUGCUAUAAGAUUGUUGGAAAGCGAUGAUGCCGAAUGCAACUCGGUUGAGAUAACUAAUAUAGAGAUAUUGGGAGAUAUCAUUACUCCAAGGGAGGAAACUCCCAAGAAAAGAGUGAGGUUUCUGGUGCCGAAAACUCUUCAAAUGGCUGCUAGUGCGCAGGAGGAAUUGCAGGAACUGAUGGAAGCCAGGGAAGCUGGAUUAGCAUUCAUACUGAGUAAUUCAUAUGUGAAGGCAAAGAGUGGUUCAAGUUUCGUCAAAAGAGUGGUGAUUGAUAUAUUAUUCGAUUUCCUGAGAAGGAACUCGAGAGGGCUAACGUAUGCAUGGAGUUUCCCUCGUGCAUCAACUCUGGAGGUGGCGAUGGUUUACCGUGUAUGAUUCUUGAUACUUAGCUUAAUUGAUGUUUACAUUUUUCUUAGUAAACGACAUUAAGUUAGUUGACAUUGCCUCCGACCCUGUAAGUACCUUAAAAUAAAGGUAUGAGCUAUAAAAACCAGAAAGGAAAAACGCUGUGAAAGUAAAUCAUGUAUGUGUACAUUUGUUAGUGUUAUAAACUUGAUAUGUCCCUUUCUAGAAAUGAUUUUUAGGGGACGCAUGUAAUUGUGGAUGUCAGUAAAAGUAUAGAACUCGAGUAACGUUGUAAUUGUGUCGCUCAUGUAGUACCGUAUGUGUUCUAGAAUAUCCAUCCCAUUCUGCAUAUGUUAUGUUAUCUUCUUUGUUGUUGUCUUGUUGAUGAUGAUUCCAUAGGGCAGCAAAGGGUUCACCUCCUCUGACCAGAUGAGGGAAACAAUGUUCGAUUACACUAUGAUACCUUCUUG